AUGGCUGUGGUGGUGCCUGGGCAGCCUGCACAGCUCAUCUUGGAUGAGGAAGAUGUCUUGGAGGAUCCCUUCAAGGAUCGCCGUGCGGGUCUGGCACCUGGCGAGGUGCCGGAAAACGAAGGGAAAACGAUAAGCAUGGGGAGGCCCGAAGGAUGA